CCUCCCCUGCGCAGUCUCCAGCGGCGCACCGACGGGUCGACGGCGGCCGGGCGGACGGGGGCUCCACAGCCUUUUGUUAGCUCACAGCAGAGGCACCAGGAGAAGACACGACAGAAGCCGCGUCCGUGCAAUAGCAGACGCGUUUAUUUUUUUUGUGGAAAAUGAUCAUCUGCGCGAAUAAAAUGGAGUACCCCCUGAGAACCCAGUGCCAGCGAGUCCAGAAACAGGUGGUGGUGAACGGUGAGAAGGAGCGCGUGUCGCUGCUGUUCAUGAAGGCUCUGGUCAGCAGGGGGAGCGUGGACGCUGUGUUCCAGCAGAUGGCCUCUCACCCUCAGUACUUGGAGAGCUUCCUGCGCGCACAGCACUACAUCCUGCACAUGGACGGCCCCCUGCCGCUGCCAUACCGCCAUUACAUCGCCAUCAUGGCUGCUGCACGACAUCACUGCCACUACCUGGUGUACCUGCACUCAGCUCACUUUCUUAGGGUGGGCGGGGACCCACUGUGGCUGCAAGGUUUGGAGGCGGCGCCCCCUCGCCUUCGACUCCUUGCCCACAUCAACAAGGUGCUGGCCCACCAACCCUGGCUCACUGCCUGCUCACACAUUCAGACCCUGCUGAAGUCGGGCGAGCAGUGCUGGUCGCUGGCGGAACUGGUGCAGGCCGUGGUGAUCCUGGCCCACUGCCACGCCCUCUGCAGCUUUGUGUACGGGUGUGACGCUGACUCCGACUUCGUCCCCCGCACCAAAACUCCCAACGGUACCCCGCCGACCUUCUGCCCCUUUGAUGCUGCCAACGGCAACACCAACGUGCCUCAGUCACUCGCCACUCCCUCCGAACACAAAACAAGACGACGGUCUCUGGACUCCAGUUGUGACAUGGUUUGUCUAAAGGAGAGGAUCCAGAAGUCCCAGGAGGAGCGAGAGAAGAGAGAAGAACGCCUCCUGCAGACCCAGACACUCCAACAAACAGACAUGGAAGAAGAGGAGGAGAUAAUAUGCUUCGCAGACCCGUCGGGUUUCAUCACAGACCCUGACUUUUGCUAUGAGGAGUUUGCCCGUAGUGAGGAGGACCACUUCCAAGUAUUCAGAGUUCAGGACUACUCAUGGGAGGACCACGGCUUCUCCCUGGUAAACAGAUUGUAUUCGGACAUCGGGCACCUCCUGGACGACAGAUUCAGGAGUGUGAGCACCCUCCCCUCGUUGCACAGCUCUGACCUGAAGAGGGCGAUCUGGAACUACAUCCAUUGUGUGUUAGGAAUACGCUAUGACGACUAUGACUACGGUGAAGUGAACCAGCUGUUGGAGCGGGAUUUGAAGUUGUACAUCAAGGCCGUGGCCUGUUUUCCGGAUGCCACCAAAACUCCAGUGUGUCCGCUGAGUUGGGCUCUACUCAAAACUUCCGAAAGGAUACAUGUGAAUUUACUAAUCAUGGAGGCCCGACUGCAGGCGGAGCUGCUCUACGCUCUGAGAGCCAUCACUCAGUACAUGAUUGCCUGAGUGCUUGGAGAGGCACAAAGUCAAAACUCUUCGCCGGUACAGAGACCCAGAGAGACACGAGGAUAAAGAUGCAGUGAAGUGGGAUGAGAGUAGCACUUUUAAGGACACAGAGCUCCAUUGUUUCGUAGCGGUGCCUCAUGAAUAUGCUUCUCUCCUUCUCAGAAUUAAUGUAUUUAUAUACCAUAGUGUGCCACAGUCCCCUCCUCGCCCCUUUCUGCAGAUGCUCCUAUUGUGAAGUCCUCUUAUCAGACAUCUCUGCUCUCCAAGGUUAUGUGCAAUUAUUACUAGCGUUGUUUUAAUUUUUACCUGUUGUUGUGUGCUCCAGCUCAGCCUGUGAGAAACUGCUUGGGUGUAGCAGCGUGAUACAGUGGCCAAUAUUGUCCUUUUGAGUUAAGAUCAGUCCCCUCUUCGUAUUAACUAUGCGUUUUCCCAAAACAUAUCUCUCCGUACAAGUUUAAUGAAUGUCAAUGGGAGACCAGGGCCUUUCAUUUUUUUGUGUUUUGUUUUGGACAAUCCUAGUCAGUGUUGGAGGACAGUAAAUGGGACUGUGAAGGACGACCAUUUUGCUCUCCCCAAGCAUUUUGUAUUAAUGCUGGUCAAAAACAAACGCAACAGUGACACUGCUGGAAGUUUUCACAUCACUAUAGUUUCUUUUAAUAAGCACUUUUUAAAACUUUAUAUAUUUAUAAUGCAAGGUAGCUUGUUAGUGGACGUUGAGACACACGGUGUGUGGGUCUGAGGCCUUUCUUGUCACUGUAUGACGCGUUACAAACAUUUUUAGACUGUUUGUCCUCCGACUUUCAAACUCCGCUUCUGUGCUGAACUGCAGAACUCCGAGUGAGGUUUCCUCUUGAUCCAAAAUAUUUCAGUGAAUUAUUGGAAGGAUUUUGAACGACGAAUAAUAUUUGCAAAACAAUUUUCACCUGAUGAGAAAAUUUGUACCUAAACUGAAGUGGUCAGCGAGCUGUUUCCUACAGUGAAAAUUCGGCUGAGCCAAUUGCAGAAUUAUUGUUUAGUUGUUCUUGGUACUCACGUAUUUCAGAAAUGAUCAAACACUGAGUUUCAGACCAAAGGUCAUAAAAAUUAAAAAGAAAAAGCUGCAGUAGCGUGAAGACUUGUACAGAUGACAAGUGCACAGAAGUAGAUCUGCACUGGUCGUAAGUUGAGGUUGAGAUCAGAGUUUCGCUCAAAGCUUUGUGCUAAGGCUUUUUUUGUGAGCUGUAUCAAAGCUGAUUAUCAAGUCGAAAUCCACGGUACAGUUUGCAGAGAAGAACAAUGUGCAACUAGUUGUUAAAAUGCUUGUAUCUUUUCGUCUUUUUUUAUUUUUUACAGUUUUUGUAAACUUCAGAGUACUUUCUCUUUUUUUGUUCCUGGGUGCAACGGUAGGACCUGCUUGUUGUGCUGCAGCCUGGGUAGAUGUAGAGGUGUGACCGACUGUUUAGAGUUAGACAUUAGAUUUAGGAAAGAAACAAAAAGUGCUUAUCGACUUAAUAAAAAAAGCGCUGUUAACACAGGUGCCUUCAGGAUUUAACUGGAGUGCUGCUGAAGUGAAGGGCUGUGACUCCUGGAGGCUGAAUGUGGGCUUUGGUUGCAGCCGGGAAACGCCUCCACCUGACGAGUGUUGAACUUGUGGUGUUUCCCGCAUGAAUGGGAACUGUUUUCUUACGUUGGUCAGCGCCAUUUCUGACAAAUAAUACGGCUGCAAAUGCACCGGGGUUUUGUUUGUUUGUUUUUUUGUUUUUAAUCUGACACUUUCUUCGAGCCCCAGCAACUCAGCGUGAGCCUUUGACACAGAUGGAUGUUUAAAAAAAUGUUCAACUUUAACAGUUAUAAAAAAAAUGGACAAUUUACUAAAAAUAAAACAACUUAAAAAAACAGAACAAGUGAAAAACAACAAAAAAAUGUUUUUUGAAAAUGUGAAGAAAUGUUUUCUAUAAAGAUGCUCUAUGAAAA